AUGUCUCGCUACGCUGCUGCUCACGCCUGGAACAACCUCGCCGGUCCUGGUGACGCCCGCCCUACCGCCGAACAGGUCAUCAAGGACGCCGGCAAGCAAGAUCUCAAGGGACAAGUCAUCAUCAUCACCGGUGUAUCUACCGGUAUUGGAGCUUCUAGCGCCAGAGCGCUCGCCGCUACUGGCGCAACACUUUACUUGGCAGGCCGAAGCAUUCCCAAGGCCAAGGCGGCGCUCCCAACCAUUGCCGACUUGCCCAACGUUCACUUUCUUGAGCUUGACUUGGCAUCAAACGCCAGCAUCAAGGCCUUUGCUGCCGAAUUCUUGAAGCAAUCCGGCGGCAAGCUCAAUGUCUUUCUAAGCAAUGCCGGCGGCACCAUUGCCGAUCGUCAAGUCACCGUCGACGGCAUCGAGAAGCAGUUUGCCAUCAACCACCUCGGCGCUUUCCUCCUCUUCUCUCUCCUCAAAGACGCUCUGCUCGCCAGCGCCUCAGCAUCUAACCCCAGCCGUGUGGUGCUCGUCGUCAGCUACGGACACCGCCUGGGCAGCAUGAAUUGGGACGACUUGUACUUUGAGAAGAACGAAUAUACUCCCAUCGCUGCUUAUUCCCAAGCGAAGCUUGCGGGCAUCUACACAGCCACUGAAAUCAACCGUCGCUACAGUGCUCAGAACCUGUUGGCAUGGAGUGUCCACCCUGGUGCCAUUCUUGAGUCUGCAUUCCUCGACAACAGUGGUUGGGCUAAAGAGGACCUUGACGCUCUGUUGGAGCAUUGGCCAAAGACUAUUUCCAAGACUAACGAGCAGGGCGCUGCGACACAGGUGUGGGCGGCUGUCAGUGAUGAUGUCCUGGCUCCUGAUGCCAGGGGGAAGUACUUGGAGGACUGUUCGGUUGCGGUGCACAUGAAGGAUUCGGACAAGGGAGAGUGGAAGGGCUAUGUUGAUCAGACUUAUAACGAGGCUGAUGAGAAGAGGAUUUGGGAAAUCAGCGAGAAGUUGCUCGGGAUCAAGGUCUAA